AUGGAAGCUAUGCAGGGGAUGAUGGACACUCCCGAGACCGGUGACAUCAACAACACCAAGCGAUCCCGGAAGAAUCGGCGCGCGGGUCUUGAAAAUGCGGUGAGUUCUGGUUCUUUGGCGAAACUACCGUCUCGAAAGCGGGGCAAGUCCAAAGGUAGAAAGCGAGAAACGGGCAGUUCAUCGUCCGAGUUUGGUGGGGUCAGUAGAGUACAACUGGGGGAUGCCAGUGAUGUGCCGCUGAGACCCAACACUGAGGUCACUGCUGUAACUUUACCCAGAUCUGCUAGCCGACUGGGGGAUGAGAUCGAUAAAUUGGACGGGUCCUUUGCAUCGAUGCACACGACGGACACCACCACCACAGGCCAGAGAGUCCCGCACAGUGGCGGCCGCCACGGAUCGAACAGGAAUGAGGAUGCGAGUCCCUGGACCGGGAUAGAUACUUUAGACGAUGUCCGGCGGCUUGCACAGCAGACCAAGAGCGAGACGCAUUUCCAGUCCGAUUUCGAGGACCGGUUGCUGGAGACACGGCGCGACCAUGUACAACUACUGAGUAUAAUGCGGGAGCGUACGGAACAUCUCGCGGAGUACCGCACUGCCGAAACGGCCCCACCACCACCACCUCGGGGACCACAAGAAAGAGGACACCCCUCCGACUUUGUUAGUCAUAGCGAUAGCCAUGGCGACCACGGUGGGGCCACGUACGUCAAGAACUACGCGGACACGCUGGAGAGCAUCCCGACUCUGCGGGCCUCCGAGAACCGGUACAUCGACAGAAUAGAGGCCACGAUUAGGGGAGUGCAGAGUGCCCCACACCUGUGA